GUUGUAAUACAAAUCACAGAGUACACGAUUGAAUAUUAAUAUUAACAAGUAGAAAUAACAAAUUGAGGAGAUUUAUCAUCAUCUAAUAGUCAAUUAAAAAUGGUCAUUCAAGUUUAUAGAUAUAUAGUUUCGGCCAAAACUAAUCCUUCACUUCACGCUGUUGGAUGGAGAUGUAGACUUCAACUCGAAGAGAAAGAUCUUGGCUAUGAUAAUAUUUUAGUGAUUAAUGAUCCAUCAUCGAAUGAUCAAUUUAAUCAACACUCUCUCAAUCCAACCAUUAAUCCAAAGAAAGAAUUACCAGUCCUUGAAGAUGGUGGAGCUAUUAUUGUAGAAGAGGGUGCUAUUAUGCAAUACUUGGAAACAACAUAUGCCGAUCAAUUCAAUACUCUCAUGCCAGAUUUUGAGAAUGAUCGUGGAAAGUAUGCCGAAGUUCUUUCAUUGUAUCAUGAAGCUUUGAAUGCCUAUAAUUUCUCAAAGGACAUUAUUGAUGCUCUCAUCAAGGAUCAACAAGAUGUUAUAAAAUCAAAGGAAUUUAAGAUUCGUGUUCAACAGUGGAAGAAGAAGAUGCGUGAUGAAUUGAAACACUGGAAUGAGUACUUGAGUCAGAAAGAUUACUUGUGGCCAUUGGUUGGUGGUAAGAGAUUGAGUUUGGCUGAUUGUGCCUUCUAUCCAUUACUUGCAAUUUUGAUGAGGUAUGGAUUUGAUAUAAAGGGCUUUGAUAAUUUGCAGAAUUAUUAUCAACGAGUGACGAAGAGAGAUUCUGUAACCAAGUCAAAACCUUCAAAGUGGGACUCGGAUCUUAUUGAACAAUGGUUAGCAGAUAAAUAAUAAAUUAAUAUAUUAUUUUAUUUC